CUUAUCAGCGCACCUUACCUCACUAUGGUGUCGUUAGAGAACACGUGUGUUUUAAGUUUUAUUUUACUGAAUGUGUAUUCUGUGUACAUCCACUGGAGAUAUUUGCUUGGCAUCUCACUGGUUUACUUUGCAUUAAGAAUAACCAGAAACAAUUUCCGGAAGAAGUUGGACAUCGGCCGAAAAGGCGUGGUCAUCACAGGUUGUGAUGCAGGUUUCGGUCACUUACUCGCCAAGCGACUAUACGACUUGGGGUAUACAGUAUAUGCCGGAGUCCUCAGUAAGGAGAGUCCGGGGGCCAAAGUGUUACAGGCACGUCAGUCGGACCGGCUUCAUGUGAUCAAGCUGGAUGUCACUAAAGACGAUGACGUUCAAAAGGCUCUGGAGUAUGUUAAUGCGACAGGACAAGGAUUAUGGGCCAUUGUGAACAAUGCUGGAAUCAAUUUUCCUGGUGAUGUCGAGUUAGCGACUGUGGAUCAAUACAAGAAAUGUGCUGAGGUCAAUCUGUAUGGCAUGAUCCGAGUUAUCAAGACGUUCCUUCCCAUGAUCCGGAAGUCAAAAGGGAGGAUUGUGAACGUGUCAAGUGUAAAGGGUCGAUAUUCAUGGCCUUGUGAUUCGGUGUACAUUGUAACAAAACACGGGAUGGAAACAAUGAGUGACUCCCUCAGACUGGAAAUGAAGAAGUUUGGGGUCAACGUAUCGGUUAUAGAACCCGGACAGUUUACAGAAGCCACAUCAAUCAAUGGCCCGGAACAGAUGAAACGAUUUAAGAAGGAGAUAAACUACAUGUGGGAACAAGCAUCUGAUGACGUCAGACAGACCUACGGUCGUCCAUACUUUGAUGCUAUCUACCAGGGAAUGGAGAAGAGUGGAUUGAAAGUGGCUCGGACCAUGUCAGCAGAUCCAGUUAUUAACGCUAUAGAUGACUCCCUCAUUAACGUAUCACCAAAGGCCCGCUAUGUGAUCGGAGGAUCCUUCUCUGUUGUGGACGAGCUGGCGGUUCUUGCUAAAGUCUAUAACUUUCUUCCCGAAUUUAUAUCGGAUUGGAUCAUUGAGAAGCUGACUGGAUGUGGAUCUUUUACCCGCUAAUGCCUAAGGAAUAUUGCUGAAAACCUUCAUUGGCCAAUAAAGACUAACUUUUAAUAACUCAGCUUGAUAAUGUAACUGAUGAUGACAAGAUGUCGAAUUGUUUCGUCUCUUAGUUAAAUGUUAUAUCAUCUCCUUUUAAACAGAAUGACAGAAACUUAAGCGAACAUCAUCCGUAAGAUAUGUUUUUUCCAGUGCGUGAAUACCUCUGACACUUUCUAGGUCUAGGCAAACGUUCUAUGAUUGGGCAUACAUCUGAUCCAAUUCUUUCGACAUUGAUAUCAAUAAGUUUUGUUACAAAAUGUGUAUAACCUUAACAAGGACAUUUGCUCAUUCACGAAUAUAAUACGAUAUUUCGUUUUGUAAAGUGUUAUAAUUCUCUAUAUUCUUCUAAAUCGUCGUAUGAAGGCGAAUUUAUUUUCCUGACAUCUUUUUACCUAUAUAUCGACAUGUUCACUAGUUCCCCGACAAAAUACCGCGAGUACGGGAUAUUCAGAGUCUCCUGAAUUUCGAAAAUGACAGAGUCUGGCGACAUUGGAGAGAUGUUGUCACCUUUUAUUCUAUUGAUGACGUAUAUGGGUUAUUGUUGCAUUUAUAAAUAAACAAAACAGAAAUCGU